AUGUGGAUAGUGUGGAACCCGUCUAGACUUUUGUUCUCCUUCGGUUUCGAGAAUAUGCUACGAAAAUCAGCCGGACUAUCGGCAGCUGCGGAAGAUAUUCAACAAGCUGUUUCGCCGACAAGGUUCGAAUACGACAACAUCUUUGACUGGACGAUUCGGCCAGGGCUGGAGACUAACACCCAAGAACCGCUCGCGUCAGAUGAUACGUUAGCCAUCACUACGACGCGCCUCAGACAACGUCAUGGCUGGAGAGCCAUCGCUUGGUACGAUGCAUAUCCGAAACCUCGCAACGACACGCCUGCUGUUGUGACACGAAAUGAAGUGCUCGACUGGCUAAAAAAUGGUCAAAAGCCUGGGGUCGACUUUUUGCUGAUUGACUGGCGUCGCACCGAUCCACGAAGUAAGUCUUUCCCCGCUGUUCUCCUGCAAAUGCUCACCGUUCUCGAAAGCGAAUGCGAAAUCGAAAUGGUCCACCCAUUGUUCCGAAGACGCGAAAAGAAUCCCACUAAACGCACUGGGCAUUUUGCAGAGAUGCGCGAUAAGAAUCCCGCCAGACGCACCGGGGACCUUUCAGAUCUACCCUUCCGAUCCAUCCGGAGCUACAAACCUACGCUGAAAGCAGCUGCCAGCCACUAUACGGGCGAAACUCUGAAAUCAUAUACACCAUCGAUUCGCAAUCGAGAGCCCCAGGUACAAGAGCAACAAGAGGUGACCCUCGGCUUAGAUCGGGGAACUCCGAAUACUCCGACGCCGGCGUCAAGAUCUGUGUCAAAUCGACCAUGGCUGACGGUGGACGUGAUCCCCGAAGCGCAGGGUAAAAUUUCCCUACCUUACGCACGAAAUGGCUGA